GCCGUCACCAAAAACCCUAGCAACCAUGACAGCCGCCGUCCUGGCACGCCCGACGCCGGGCAACGUCCAGUGCUUCGGCAGGAAGAAGACCGCCGUUGCCGUGGCCCACUGCAAGCCCGGCCGCGGCCUCAUCAAGGCCCUGGAGCCGAUCCUGCUCGCCGGGAAGUCCCGCUUCAAGGGCAUCGACAUGAGGAUCUGCGUCAGCGGCGGCGGCAAGGUGAGCCAGGUCUACUCGAUCCGCCAGGCCAUCGCCAGGGCGCUCGUCGCCUACAACCAGAAGUACGUCGACGAGGCGGCCAAGAAGGAGGUCAAGGAGAUCCUCGGCCGCUACGACCGCACGCUGCUCGUCGCCGACCCGCGCUGCUGCGAGCCCAAGAAGUUCGGCGGCCGCGGCGCCCGCGCACGCUUCCAGAAGUCGUACCGUUGAGCUCCCCUGUCGGACGAGACCCCUCGUCUUUUUGCGUAUUAUGCUAUCUUAGGUUAAUGAUGAGAUCGGAUGUCCUGAUAGGUUUUGUUACUUGUUUCGACCUGUUUGAGCUUGAUUUUUAGUUGAACACAAGAUAGAUGAUGAAUCUUUAUAUAAUCCAGUGAUGUGAUAUUCCAA